UGUACUAGAAGCCGCCCAGCCACCGCCCAACUCCAACAGCUAGCGGAGCGGUGAGUGGAGCGCUAACCAGGUGAGCACCGAGCACAGAUCAGGAAAAUGGCAGACAGUUUUUCGCUUAAUGAUGCUCUGGCUGGCUCUGGAAACCCAAACCCUCAAGGAUAUCCGGGUGCAUGGGGCAACCAGCCUGGGGCAGGGGGCUACCCAGGGGCCUCCUAUCCUGGGGCCUACCCAGGUCAGGCUCCCCCAGGGGCCUACCCAGGUCAGGCUCCCCCAGGGGCCUACCCAGGUCAGGCUCCCCCAGGGGCCUACCCAGGUCAGGCUCCUCCUAGUGCCUACCCUGGCCCAACUGCCCCUGGAGCUUAUCCUGGCCCAACUGCCCCUGGAGCCUUCCCAGGGCAGCCUGGGGCACCUGGAGCCUACCCCAGUGCUCCUGGAGCCCAUCCUCCUGCCGGCCCCUAUGGCGCUCCCGCUGGACCACUGACAGUGCCCUAUGAACUGCCCUUACCUGGAGGAGUCAUGCCUCGCAUGCUGAUCACAAUCAUGGGCACAGUGAAACCCAACGCAAACAGGAUUGCUCUAGAUUUCAAGAGAGGGAAUGACGUUGCCUUCCACUUUAACCCCCGCUUCAAUGAGAACAACAAAAGAGUCAUCGUGUGUAACACGAAGCAGGACAAUAACUGGGGAAGGGAAGAGAGACAGUCAGCUUUUCCCUUUGAGAGCGGCAAGCCGUUCAAAAUACAAGUCCUGGUUGAAGCUGACCACUUCAAGGUUGCGGUCAAUGACGCUCACCUGUUGCAGUACAACCAUCGGAUGAAGAACCUCAGGGAAAUCAGCCAACUGGGGAUCACUGGGGACAUAACCCUCACCAGUGCUUCCCACGCCAUGAUCUAAGCCAGAAGGGGUGGCACCAAAACCGGCCCUGUGCACAUGAGUGGAAAACUUUGCAUUUAUCUCUCCUUAUCCUUCUUGUAAGACAUCCAUGUAAUAAAGUCUCAUGCUGAGAGAUA